CCCCACUCAUUGUAAGGCGAUGUAAAUUUCACCUGGAGGUAAUUUGUGAUGUAAAUCGUGCCUCGUCAAUUUCUUUACAUCACUCCUCUGGUUUUGGAUUUUUUUGUUUCUUCUAUUUGUUCAUGGAUUUAAGCACAUGGAGCACCGUGAACAUUGUUCUCGUCAUUCACGGAUGCAAGGAAAAUUCCAUCUAGAGUUGGCCAAUGAGGGGUAAGUCGUUGAAAUCACGACAAUCUUUCGAUGAUGGGCAGAUGGUGCACUGCAGUGACAUUGGAAUCAAAGUGGACAUUGAAACCACCAUUGAUAUUGAUGGAGUGAUGGGCGGCGAAAAUGGUGGGUUGAGAUGUGUGGUAGUGUGGCGGCGGCGGAGGCUCACUUCGAUUGAGGCGGGGCUGUAAAUUAGGGAUAGAGUAAAUCUAUAGAAUUGUCAAAAAGGUAUUUUGGUGUGUCUGAAUUGGUAAUAAUUAAUUCAUUAAUUAGAUAUUAUUUCAGGAAAUUGAAACAUGAAGUACUACAUAUUGGGAAACUGGUUGCCUUUAAAUUCCCUUUGAAUAUUUUGAUGCCACCCAUGUUGAUAAGGUACUUUACUUUCCCUUGUGCAUUUUAAUUUUGAGUAAUAUUUUUCAUAUCUCUAGGUUAACCAAAAUGUGGAAAUCCAUGCUUGAGUGCCAUCAGAAUCAGUGCCAUGCGAUUGUGGAAGCCAAACGAUUAGAUGCCAUUGCAAAUAAAAAACAGUUUAGUGAUGCUCAUCUUGAAGCCACUUUGCACCUUGAGCACGAUCUCCUAAACUGGACUCUAAGGUUCUCUUGCUGGAUAAGUGCCCAGCGAGGUUAUAUCAGAGCACUAAAUCACUGGCUUAUGAAAUGCCUACUUUACGUUCCUGAAGAAACACCUGAUGGAAUAGUUCCAUUCUCUCCUGGUAGAAUAGGUGCUCCCCCUGUGUUUGUUAUCUGUAAUCACUGGGCACAAUCGUUGGAAAGGGUGUCUGAGAAAGAAGUUGUGGACAGUAUGCGUGAUUUUGCCACAAAUGUCCUUCACCUGUGGGAACGAGAUAAGCUAGAAAUGCGCCAUAGGGUGAUGAAUGAUAAUAAUAUGGAGAGAAAGAUGAAGAACCUUGAAAGGGAGGAUCAGAAGAUAAAAAAAGGGAUUUCCGCAUUAGAAAGAAAGAUUUUGGCUUCUGGGGAGGAAAAUGCUCUGUCGAUGAGCAAGCAGGCCAUUUACCAGAAUGACACUUGCAAAAAUAGUAGCCUUCAGGCUGGUCUACAUCAUAUCUUUGAGGCCAUGGAGAGAUUUGCUGCAAACUGCUUGAAAGUGUACGAGGAGUUAUUGCAGCGCAUUGAAGAGGAUAAUCUUGUGCAUGAGCGCAACAGAGAGUCAUAGCUAUAUGUAUGCCUCCAGAAGAGUUUGGAAAUACCAUUAUUGGGUAUCAAAGUAACUUCAGCAGAUGCUUUCAUUGUAAAUCAAAUGGAGUAUUGUAACUCGUCUUUUUUUCGGCUAACUAUAUCAUAUCAUGGGUGCCUGGCAGCUUGGUCUUUUUUUUAUUCCUUUCCUUUCAGCUGCAUGCCUGAAGAAUUGAUUUGAUCCUCAGGUCUUCAAUCAUGAGUUCCCUUCAUUGGUUCACAAGCAGUGGCAUGCACCCCUUUGGACGGGCCAGGGAAGUUUUUCCUACAAAAUUUGAAACAGAACUUCCCAGCCUGAUGAAUACAGCUCCCUUCCUACCUGAAUGCAACUCCACCAGGGGUUUUCUUCUUCCGAACUUCCCUAUGGUCGCGUGUGAUGCUAAUUUUGUUUCAUGUAAUUGAAACGUAAAGCUUUCCUUUCGAGUAGGGUCAAGAUUCAGUUUAUAAUUUUCUGGCUUAUUGAACUUGUACAGUUUUUUUUUAAUUAGCUAACUGAAACAUCUUUAGCGAUUUAUAAUUUUUAUGUAAUAAUAUGCGUUAGUAAUUUAGAGCCUAGUUAUAAUGUCUUACAAAUGUACUCCUCCGUAGGUUGGUUGGGCUCAAGAAGCAUAUAUGAAAAUAAAGUUGGGAUGCUUUG